AGCACACUAUUCCUGGGCUGCCUGAGUCUGCAGGUUGUGUUUGUCCCAACAGGAGCACAUUCUUGUGUGCAAGUAUGGAGAAGUCUGCAGUGUGUGCAUUUAUUGUUGCACUUGUGCAAUUAAACACAGUUUUCACUCAGGAAGCUGAACGCAAUUUGACAGGGAUUUUUCCAAAACCAGGCCACUGCCCUCGUCUUCUUCAAGUGGUUCCAUCACAUAAGGGGUGUACAUGUGAUGAAGACUGUCAUGCGGACCACAAAUGUUGUGUUUUUGACUGUGGAGCUGUUUGUGUACCCCCUGCUUUCACCAAACCAGGUGUGUGUCCUCGCAGAAACUGGGGUUCUGGGUUGUGUGCCGAGUUUUGCUCUGAUGACAGCGACUGUCCCAAUAAGGAUAAAUGUUGCCAUAAUGGAUGCGGGCAUGAGUGUAUUGCACCAUACAAAGUGAAGCCAGGCCGCUGCGCUCUGCCCCAAGGAACACCCAUGUGUGCAGAGUACUGCUACCAUGACGGGCAGUGUCCAGGAGAGCAGAAGUGCUGCAGGACAACCUGUGGGCAUGCUUGCAGCGAGCCCUGCUGAGUGGGCAUCCAGUGGCCACAUUCAAAAUAAGGGGUUUUAAAAGACCUUUAUAGGUGCUCCAAUUGUUUACAAGUACUCAUUUUAAUCAUAUUUAGGUCACAUUAUUUCCUAUGCAAUGUAUGUAAUUUCCUAUGCAAUGUAUGUUAUUUGAGAAUGAACUACUGCGUUUCAAAAACGAAUAAAUGGGUUACAAACUACAAA